AUGCUGAAAGAGAAUCUCGAGCCUAAUAAAAGGAAUGGAGGUGAUAAGAUAGAACGUACUACGUUCCCUGAUGAUAAUACAUGGUUGUUUCUGGAGGAUUCGUUCAUAAAGCAUUCUCCAAGUCGAAAACAAUUGACAGUUACGCAAGAAUUGAAGACUAGAGAGAGUUUGCAUGAUUUUGUUAUUCGACUAGGAUCUGCUCUCAAGUUGGAUAGUAGAACUAUAUUGGCAGCUACAGUUUACAUAAACAGAUUUUACAUGAGAAUGCCAAUAACAACUUCUAAAUACUAUGUUGCUUGUGCUGCGAUAGCUAUAUCUUGCAAAUUGAAUGACAACUAUAGGCCGCCUGAUAAGAUUGCUAUGGCAGCAUGUAUGAUAAAGAAUCCCCAUAAAAAAAUCGACGAACAGAGCGAUGUCUUUUGGAGUUGGAGAGAUCAGUUGUUAUACAGAGAAGAGCUCAUCUUAAAACAUUUAAACUUUGAUUUAAAUCUCUUCUUACCUUAUUCUAUUAGAGAUGAUUUGAUGAAGAUGUUGUGUCAAGAUACUAAUGCUACAGAACAGAAUACUAAAGUAGCAGAAAUCUUAAAAAAUACUGUAUCACUAAUUGAAGUACUUUCGUCAUUGCCUAUUCUGGUAGCUUACGACAUCAAUACAAUAUUUGCAUCUGCUUUGAUUGUGGUUAU